AUGCUGGGCCUCAGUUUCUUCCCAUUCCUUUUCUACCAUCUUCAGGCCGCUCCGCCCAUUGUUCAUCCACAGGUCAUACAGCUCGACAAAGCUCAGCACUUCCGCUUCGAGGGCUUCGGCCUCGUCAGCACGGAGCCCGAGCAGGAGCCGCUCGAUUUCGACAACAGCAAGGAGAUUCUGUACAUGGCGCCACCAGGCCGCAAGCUUCGCCUCUCCAUCGUGCGAGCCUCCGACGGGGUCUGCAACGAUUCGUGCACUAAUGGCGGGCUAAAAGUUCACCUGACCGGCGAGGAGAAACUAAUCUGCUGCCCGACGUGGAACACCGGGAAAGCGUUCGAGACCAGCGAGAACUUGUUGGCCGUCGCGAGACAAGCCUCCCCCCAUCACUUCAAGGGCCCCUGGAAUCUCGAAUAUUACGUCGAACUGCUUGAA